AUGAAGCGUAGCCAAAAUAUUUUAAAUUUGGCAUUAUCAUUAAAUGGAAUUUCAACAGAUCAAGAAGAAGCUUCGACUUCGUCCAAGGCAGAUGAUCAUGCUACCCAGAAAAUUACUCUACCACAAGAUAAUAGGUAUUUUCUCGAACAUGGUGAAAACUUACUUUCAUUCAAAAAUAAUAUACGGGAAAAUGCGCUGGUAAAUUACUAUCCAGAUUCCUACUCCUCAUCUAGUAAAAAAGAACCAUUUUCUCCUGACGUUUCGGAAUAUUUCCCUUACGACCAAGAUGAUUCUACAAAUAGUUCUGAACAUUCUUCACAACAUAAUAUUCCUUUACAAGAGAUACCAACAGCUACAAACAUACCUGAAAAUAUUACCACUCCUGAAGGGACAGCAAGAAAAGUGAAAAGGACUGUUCCGAAGAAAGCUACUCCGGGUAGAAAACGAAAUCAUAAUCGAGAAAACUGGAAACGCAACGUUAUAAAUGUCCUGUACAAGGCUGACAGGAAUGGCUUCCACGCAGAGGGAGAUCACGUACCCACCCCGCCGCCGAUACCGCCCGCUAUACAACGUGCACUCGACUACCUCGCUACACUACCGCCACCUACUAGCUACAAUAAUAGACUAGAAUAG